AUGCAGUUCCAUGCUGGGUUCCUGUUGGCCAUCCUCUUGAGCCUGCAGCUGGCUUCAGCCCAAGCCAUGUGGUGCCACCAUUGCAAGGGCUUCGGGGGAUGCUCCCACAAGUCCAGAUGCCGGGGGGAUUCCACCCACUGCGUUACUGUCGCCACCCGGGACCUCAUCAGCUUCAAUAACCUGCCUCUAGUCACCAAGAGGUGCCAGAGAGGCUGCCCUACCAUCGAAAGCCUGGGUCUGGGCCCCAACGUGUCCAUCGUCUGCUGCCAGGCCAGCCUCUGCAACCAGGAUUGACCACCCUCCCUCUCCUGCCCCAGGCUGCCCCUCCUGCCUCCAGCCCAGCCUGGCAGCUUCCAUGCCACCUCAGCACCAUUCUUCCUCAGGAAGCCCUGCAUGACCAGUUGCCUAAAUGCACUUGGGGGCCUCCCUGUGUGCACUCCCAAGUCCUGCCCCUUAAUAAAACAAGGCCAGGUCACUGGCGGA